CCCUUACCUCACUCUUCUUCUCUCUCUCGCAGUGCUGCUACUCGCUUCUCUUCUCACGUCUCCUCGUUCCAAGGGCUUGGAGAAUCGAGCGGAGAUUCAAUGGCGGAAUCGAUGGCCGAUCGCCGAUCGCCUCGAGCUUGGGCGUAGAAAGAUCGCGCCUUUUCUAUCCGAUCUCUCGGACGCCCAAGAAAAUUUCGCCUCGGCGCCCCCGGACGCCUCCGGAGUGGCGAUCGGUCAUCGAGUCAGGGAUUUCGGGUUUCCGAUCGGAAAAUGGUGUAAAUUCUUGUUUUAAUGGUGAAAGAUCCGAACUUUUUAGCUAAAACAUAGUGGGUUUCGGGUUUUUUAGUCUUGGAGCUGUUCAAGUUGCCAUCUUUCGAUAUCUUGCUGUCAUUUUUUCGUUUCAUUUUGGUGAUUUUGAAGUUUAGUUUUAUCUCCUUCUCCUUUUUUGGUACUGGAACGGUCACUGAGAUCUCCCUGUCGAUGCUUUCGGAGAUGGGGGUUCGGUCCAUGAUCGGGAGCCGAGGGGAAGGAUUUGGUGGGGAGGAGUUGGAGAAGGAGCUGGGGUUGCUCCUCCGAGAGCAGAGGAGGCAGGAGGCGAGCGAUCGAGAGCGGGAGCUGAAUCUUUACCGGAGCGGCUCUGCUCCCCCCACCGUCGAGGGAUCACUCACCGCUGUCGGAGGGCUCUUUGCCCGGGAAGCCGCCGCCGGCAUGCCGGAUUUCGCCCAGGGAAGUAAUGGGAAUGGGUUAUUAUCCGAGGAUGAGCUCCGGACUCAUCCGGCUUACCCCUCCUACUACUACUCUCAUGUUAAUCUGAACCCCCGUCUCCCACCUCCGGUUCUAUCCAAGGAGGACUGGAGGUCCACUCAGAGGCUUAAGGCCGGGAGCUCCGUUCUGGGAGGGACUGGGGAUAGGAGGAGACCUAACAGAGAAGAGGAAGGGAGUGGCAGCUCGCUCUUCUCGCAGCAGCCUGGCUUCAGUUCGCAGGGGGAGUGCAAAGGGGACCCGAGAACGGUGCCUACUUCUGGCGAAUGGCUGAACCGAGAAGGAGACGGACUGAUUGGGUUGUCGCUUGGCCGACAGAAGAGCUUUGCUGAUAUGCUUCAGGAUGACAUUAGCAGUGGGACUUCCAUGUCAGGCCAUUCAUCUCAUCCAGCACUUAUUGAUGGUCUUGAACCGUUAGGUGCUGCUGAUUCCCAUCUUGCUCUACAUAAAGAAAUUGCAUAUUUAGAUGGGCAACAAUCUGGUGGAUAUGCCCAGAGGGUCCCUGGACUUCAGAAUAUUGGUGCAUUGACAUCUCAUAACUCUGCUUCUGUUUCAGGUUCAUCCCUGGCAAGAAGCACCACUCCUGAUCCUCAUGCGGUGGCAAGGGCUCGCAGUCCUUGCCUUCCACCAGUGGGUGUUAGGCUUAGUGUCAAUGAUAAGAAACAUAGCAAUGGCUCAUCUUCCUUUAACGGUGUCUCCUCUGGUAUAGCUGAUUCUGAUGAUCUUAUAGCUGCUUUAUCAGGCAUUAGCUUGUCAUCUGCUGCUGCAAUAGACAAUGGCAAUAUUUCCCAGUUGAAGCUUCAAAAAGGAACUGACAAUCACCAGAGUUUUCUCUUUGAUUCACAAAGCGGCCAAAACCAUAUUAAGCAACAUACUUUCCUGAAAAAUUCUGAUCCAGAAUAUUUACAUAUAUCCUCUAUUCCACAGUCUUCUAAGUCAUAUGCUGAUUCAGCCAGGAGCUGUGCAGGUCAAAUUGACCUGAGGAGUUCGGUUCCAAGGACAAAUGCAUCUGCUGAACCACAUAGACUCACUGGUGGUUCACCCACACAAUCUCAGAAUCUUGAUUGUGUGGAUACAGCAUUUGCAAGUUAUGGAUUGAGUGGGUUCUCUGCCAAUCCUGUGCUACCAUCAAUGACAGUAAAUCAAAUUGGCACAGGAAAUUUGCCUUCCUUGUUUGAAAAUGCUGUUGCUACUUCUGCACCUGUAUCUCUUGGUACGGAUUCCAGGGCCUUAGGAGGUGGGAUAUUUGCACCACCACAUUUAACUAGUCAUACAGACUUGCAGAAUCUUGGUCGAAUUGGUAAUCAGACAGCAGCAACUCUUCAGUCACCCAUUGCUGACCCGCUUUAUGUUCAAUAUUUGAAGGCAGCUGAGUAUACAGCGCAAGUUGCAGCAAGCCGUAACAAUCCUUCUGUGGAAACAGGUUUUGUUGGCAAUUCAUAUAUGGAUUUACUUGGAUUCCAGAAAGCUUAUGCAGGGGCAUUGCUUCAACCGCAGAAACAGUAUGGGAUGCCACUUCUGGAUAAAUCUGGAGCUCAAGGUUUCUAUGGAAAUCCUGCUUUUGGCCUUGGCAUGUCAUAUCCAGGAAACCCUUUAGCAAGUCCUAUUAUUUCUCCAGUUGGACCUGGCAGUCCUCUUAGGCACGGUGAACGCCACAUGCAAUUUGCUUCUGGCUUGAGAAAUUUAACAGGAAGUGUCAUGAGCUCAUGGCAUUGUGACCCAACUGGCAACAUGGAUGAAAAAUUUCUGUCCUCACUUCUGGACGAGUUCAAGAGCAACAAGGCUAGAUGUUUUGAGCUUGCUGAAAUUGCUGGCCAUGUGGUUGAGUUCAGUGCUGACCAGUAUGGAAGCCGUUUCAUACAACAGAAACUUGAAACAGCAACAACAGAAGAGAAAAACAUGGUUUUUGAAGAAAUAAUGCCUCAUGCACUUUCAUUGAUGACUGAUGUGUUUGGAAAUUAUGUGGUCCAAAAGUUUUUUGAGCAUGGGAGUGCAGCCCAGAGAAGGGAAUUGGCCAUCCAGCUUAAUGGGCAUGUGUUGGCUCUCAGCCUUCAAAUGUAUGGCUGUCGAGUAAUCCAGAAGGCAAUAGAGGUUGUUGAUUUGGACCAGAAGACAAAAAUGGUUACAGAGCUCGAUGGCCAUGUCAUGCGCUGUGUACGUGAUCAAAAUGGGAACCAUGUUAUUCAAAAAUGUAUUGAGUGUGUCCCUCAGGAUGCAAUUCAGUUUAUCAUCUCAACCUUCUAUGAUCAAGUUGUGACUUUAUCAACUCAUCCAUAUGGUUGCCGUGUGAUACAGAGGGUACUAGAGCACUGUGAUGACCCUAAAACCCAGCAAAUUGUGAUGGAUGAAAUUUUGAACUCUGUUUGCAUGUUGGCGCAAGAUCAGUAUGGCAAUUAUGUUGUCCAGCAUGUAUUGGAGCAUGGAAAACCUCAUGAGCGAUCUGCCAUUAUCAAGAAAUUAGCUGGACAGAUAGUUCAGAUGAGCCAACAGAAAUUUGCUUCCAAUGUUGUUGAGAAGUGCUUGACUUUUGGUGGCCCUGAGGAACGUCAACUCUUGGUAAAUGAGAUGCUUGGUUCCACCGAUGAAAAUGAGCCUCUCCAGGCCAUGAUGAAAGAUCAGUUUGCUAACUAUGUUGUACAGAAAGUAUUGGAGACAUGUGAUGAUCAGCAACGUGAGCUGAUCCUCUCACGAAUAAAGGUCCAUUUGAAUGCACUGAAAACAUAUACAUACGGAAAGCAUAUAGUUGCUCGUGUAGAGAAACUUGUUGCAGCUGGGGUUGCUGAUUGCUGUGUUGCAGCUGAUCCUGUCUCAGUCUUAUAUAAAGUCUGCUUUUCUCUUAUGAUUUGUUUCGCCGGUAUUUUCUAUUGAAAGUUCCUCUUGAAGCUCUAAUUUGGUUCCUGCUCUUCUUGGUCUGGCUGCUUGUGUUGAUGGCUUGGCUUUCGAACUCAUGACCUGGGAACUUGGGUUUUUAUCACACUUACCUGCCUCUGUAGGAUGUUUUGGAAUUUUGUGUCCUAGGUAGAUAAAACUUGGUACAGCUCCUAGCUUCUGCCUGAGAGUUAUGCUGUACUUUCAGCUCUUUCAUUUUAUCUAGGCAUUUCUUUGAGAAAAUAUCCAUCGACAGCAUAUGUAGAUUAAUUCUUAAUGCUAUCGCUUGGCAUGUGGUAAGCUGGUUGCAUGUAAUAGCGAUUUCGGAUGCUAGGAUGUUGUUAUAGGUCGUAGGUAGGUUUUAAUGCGCAGGUGUUGCCCACUUCCAGG